CUGAAGGAGGUAGUGGGCACGGGGCGUUAACAUUUUCUCAACUUCUGAACGCAAGAGACUGCCGACGGAAUGGACGGACCCACAAUGCAUUUCGGGAUCGCCCCAUGCAAAGUCAAUGAGUUCCGUCGACGGACGGAGGUCGUUUUUUAAUUUGUAUUAUUUGUGUAGCUCUAAAUACAGCCCCUUGGUCAAUUGAAUUACUAACUUUACAUUAAGAAGUAUUUCGGCUCAAUCUAAAAAGUUUAAUUACCUACUGCUAUCUCCUGGAUGCGCUCCACUUUUUUGAUGGAGAACCAGCGCCUUGAAUAUGUACAACUAGGCCUACAGCGUUUCUACACCAAGAUGCGUUUUCGCAAUGAGUCCGUCUUUACGGAGAUAUUCCUAAAACGCAUCAAAGGAAAAUGGAGGGGAAAAUAUCGUUUUCGCCAGUGUGGAUUGGGCCAAAUAAUUGACAUCACUACCUCUCUCCGAUUGAAAGGCGUCAAGAUAUCAGCAUUGUGGUCCCUGCAGCUGCUGUUGCUAUGCAGCGGUCUGCAAACAGACGCACCCGACCGGACGGCGCUGUUGAGUAGGCUACACUAUCAUUACAACUGUAGUCUUACGAGUCGUACCAGCACAGUAAGGUUGAAAUAUUGUCGGUGUAAGUCACCUAGAUAUAGCUGUAUGCCAUGGCCUACACCCGCAAUAUGGGUGGCGUAAUGAUCUGUGAACCGAGUGUGUUGUACAACAUGCUCAAUCAAUACACCAAUGUCUCCAAGUUGGCAGAUAUAAAUUACCUCUACUUAAUUGAUUCCCGAUAUAAAUUGGAUUAUAACACUGGCCAUAUCAUAACAGCUAAAAAUGCACAGCGGGAUAGCAAGGGCAUGUUUGUGGUUCCAGAGAAUGUGGAAGUUGAGAGCAUGAGGCAUAUAGUGGUGUACGACUCUGACACAAGUUCUCUGAAAGACUUGGGUGAAGCCGUAAGAUGUGCGGAGGUUCUCGCUAAAGUGAGCCUCUAUCCCGUCCUCGUCGUGAGAGGAGGCUACCAGAAGUUCUCUGCACUCUACCCGUUUUUCAGAAGCGUUAAAAUCAUGUACACUAUAAUGGAGCUGGACAAUUUCGAGCCCUACCCAGUGGAGAUUGUAGUGGGCCUACUGUACAUGGCCGAUCACAACCAGGCCAGGAGUCCCAAAAUGUGUGAGGACCUGAAGAUCAGCGGCAUGCUCAAUGUUUCAAGUACUGCGCUUGAUUGCGAGACUGCGAACCACCCAAUUCUUGAUGUGUGCCUGGCGGACUCUGUCACGGCAGAUCUGUUCUCUAGUUUGAAGAGGAUCUGUGUUUUUAUUGGUUCUCACGUGAAAAAAGGCUCUCCUGUUAUGGUAACUUCCACCCACGGCAUCAGCCGCUGUAGUGCUGCUACCAUCGCUUUCCUCAUGCACCAUUUCAAAUACUCGUUGGAGGAUGCAUGGAAAUAUUUGAAAAAGUGCAAGUCUAACAUGAGGCCAAACAGGGGCUUUGUGCAACAGCUGUCCGACUGGGAGCUUCACACAACGGGACAAAGAUCAACGGAUAUCUCGGAACCUAAUUUCUGAUGAAAUAAUUUAUGUUGCAAAAUAAAAGUCGGUUUAUUUCGGACAAAUCUG